UGGAGCUCGUUUUCACUCAUUCAUCCCGGCUGGGAUCCACAGGCCUGUUUCUGCCCCUGGUAGGUAUCUGCCCCAUGGAGCUCGUUUUCACUCAUUCAUCCCGCCUGGGAUCCACAGGCCUCUUUCUGCCCCUGGUAGGUAUCUGCCCCAUGGAGCUCGUUUUCACUCAUUCAUCCCGCCUGGGAUCCACAGGCCUCUUUCUGCCCCUGGUAGGUAUCUGCCCCAUGGAGCUCGUUUUCACUCAUUCAUCCCGGCUGGGAUCCACAGGCCUCUUUCUGCCCCUGGUAGGUAUCUGCCCCAUGGAGCUCGUUUUCACUCAUUCAUCCCGGCUGGGAUCCACAGGCCUCUUUCUGCCCCUGGUAGGUAUCUGCCCCAUGGAGCUCGUUUUCACUCAUUCAUCCCGGCUGGGAUCCACAGGUCUGUUUCUACCCCUGGUAGGUAUCUGCCCCAUGGAGCUCGUUUUCACUCAUUCAUCCCGGCUGGGAUCCACAGGCCUGUUUCUGCCCCUGGUAGGUAUCUGCCCCAUGGAGCUCGUUUUCACUCAUUCAUCCCGGCUGGGAUCCACAGGCCUGUUUCUGCCCCUGGUAGGUAUCUGCCCCAUGGAGCUCGUUUUCACUCAUUCAUCCCGGCUGGGAUCCACAGGCCUGUUUCUGCCCCUGGUAGGUAUCUGCCCCAUGGAGCUCGUUUUCACUCAUUCAUCCCGGCUGGGAUCCACAGGCCUGUUUCUGCCCCUGGUAGGAAUCUGCCCCAUGGAGCUCGUUUUCACUCAUUCAUCCCGCCUGGGAUCCACAGGCCUCUUUCUGCCCCUGGUAGCCAUCAUUAUUAUUCAUAUAAUACUAAACCACUUUAUAAUGAGUGAGACUUAUUACAAUGUCCUACCUGAUUCUCCCUCACUGAUUGCUCUAUUUAGUCAGCCCUUAUGUACAAUAUGUAAUAACAAGACGGCCCUGGUGAACCUGAGGGUGAGCAAUGUCAGUGUACACUUAAGGCAAACACACAAAAACAGGAAUGAGCUGCUCUCAUUCGCCAUGCUCACCUCCUCCAAGGCUCCCUAACGUGGGUCUGCAGGUAUGGAAAUGAGCUCGGUUAUUGACGAUGCACUGGGAACCUCAAGACAAAGAUGGAGAUGACCCAGACCACCUGGCUCCUCACUGAAAGCAGUCCAGUGGGGGAGGGCAGGACCCCGAUUCCCCUGGAGCUCAAGCAAAAGGCAGAAUAAAUAUGGAUAAGAAACAUGGCUAACUAGCGCUGUUCAUGUUUGCAGAUGUUCAGCUAGCAUACAGGCCUCUCUCCCAUAUAUACUACCUCCGCUGAGAAUGGGGUUUUGUUGCCUAGCAACCAUGUCUUCUUUGUUCAGCUCUGGGACUGUUGCCUAUGGAUGAUAUGUAAUAAA